GAUGGCACUAUACUUGCCCUUUGGUGCAACUUUGAAGUUUAGCUAAUAUUUUAGCUACAUGCUAACUUUUUUGGCUAAUUUGGUAAUAACUGUUUUUUAAACUAAAUUGGAGUUAAGCUAAUAUUGUAGCAUUAUGCUAGCUGUUUAUGCUAAAUUAGACAUUUUUCCAGUUUCUUAGACUAACUUGGCAUUCAACUAUUUUUUUUAAUCAAGGUAUCAGCUUCAGUAUAUAUCAGUCAUAUUUUCAGCUGUCACCUCUAGUAUCCUCAGCAGCCAUGUUCAGCUUACAGCAUUCACACUAGCAUAAUCACAGGUAAUGCUAUAUAUCUAGUUUUUAACGUGUUUUGAUAGCUUAGUGUUAUAGUUGGGGCCUUUUGGGUGUGAUGCAGUUGUUCUCUCAGCAGGGGGAGGCUUUGUUUCCUCUCUUCUCACAAAUGAAAAGUAUUCUAGCAGUUUAACGGUAUUAUGAUCCUCUCAGGUUGCUGUUUGGGGGGUUUGUUCAGUUUUUAUGUUCUUCCUGUGACAACAGGACGCUUCACCUGCUUUACAUGUAAGCUAAUGUUAAAACAUGCAGAUCUCGCAGACACUUUAUUUACUCAUAAAAUGUAAUCAAACGGUCGACAUUUGAGUCCCUCCGCCUGUGUUUGAACACUGACGCUGUGUGCUCUGCAGGCGUGGUGCCACUGUAGGUUCAGCCAGACAUACAGCUGAAGAGAAUGAACUGAGACAGACUCACUGUAGGUCAAACUCAUCAGACCUCUGAACCCAGAAGGAAACCUGAAGAUGAACUUCUCAUUGCUCUCAGCAGCUGUAAAGCCGGUUCUGCAGAGAGCUGAAGGAUACUGAAGAGGGCUGUUAUCAGAUGAGGAAUCAGAGGAAGUAAAGCGUGCCUCUGGGUGCUGUUUGUUUAUGGUGGAGGUCAGCUGGUGGAAUUUCUUACAGGCGUGUCAUCAGACUGACGAUUCCAACGGAGGAGCUCAUUCUGCUUCCCCAUUUCCAAUGCCGCACUUUUUCAGUUUACAAGCCCUAUGUACAAUUAUUUGAAGUGAACAGCAGUUUAAGUGAGUAUAGUUUAAUCAGAACUUCCUGCUUUUUCUAAAAGGGGGGAAAAAAUGCUGCUGGCGAGACCUCUAUAGGUGAUAGGAAACAAACAUUGGAGUUGUCUGAUUUCAAUGGACAACAGAGGUGAUGUGUAAGUUGGGUAUCCAGAAGAGGAAUGUAGAAGGACAGACAGUGGUUGAUUUAGCAAAAAAUAUGGAAAUGGCUAAAGUGAAUACAUUCUUUGAGAAGAGGCAGGAAUAUAGGGUCAAAAUUUGAUAGUCCUGAAAAAAUGUAAAAUUGAAAUGUCAUUCUGAUUAUAUUUUAUUUUUUAAUUAUAUCGUGACAACAUUAUGUCUAAGGGAGAGAAACAAUAUUGAUAGUUGUAAAAGAGAAUUCUCAAAAGAAAUUCAAAUAAAUAACAAAUCUUUUAUUAAAUGUUUUGAAUGUUGAAUCUUAUUUUUGGGGGUAAAACUCAAUAAUACUGUUAAAAUGUUAAAGUCAAAGUUGUUUCACUUCUGCUUGAAGAGACCCCGCCCCUUUUUCCUUCUGCCAUGUUUCUAAAGUUUGUCAUGAUGAGUCGUGUCGCUGUUCUCACAGGCUGGUUAACCUUCUCACCGCUCACUUCAUGGUCACCUCUGAAUGAGUUAUGAGAUUUUAUUGAAAUAAAUAAAUAAAAGCUCAGAACGUUUCUGGAGUUUGGAUUUCUGAAAGGAUACAAAUAAUUCCAGCAGUUUUUUUUUUUCUUUUGAGACAAUAGUUAUUUUGUUUAGCAAUGAGGAUGGAAUAAUAAGUCUAAAAACAAAUAAAAAAAAGUAAAAAAAAAAAGAAAUACCAUUUAAAAAACUGCCAGAUUAUGAGAAUUAAAAAUAUUAACAGAAAGCUUCUCAUUUCACAUCAAUAAAUCAUCAAAUUUUAGGUCCACUUUUAAGAAACAAUCCGCAAAAACAACUUUACUGAACAUAAUUAUUAUCUAAUUCAAAAGCCAUGGACAUCAGUUUUACAAAUGAAAAAGAUCUCUUCAUCGUCCAUCCUUCGUGCUCCCCAGAAGCUUAAAGAUUCUUUUCCUGAGCACAAGAUUGUCAAUGGGAGGCGUCAGAGGAAGCGUCACACCCACCACUUCUCCCCACCCCAACGCCACCGUCUUCGAUGACCUGCUGCACGGGAUUCCUUUGCCACCAUGGGCGAUCUACACCAUCUUUGCAUCAGGCGGCCUUCUGAUCCUCCUCUGCCUGCUCUGCAUCUGCAUCAAGUGCUGCUGCAAAAAGAAACCAAAGAAGAAGAAGCAGAAAGACCAGAUCACUUUAAAGGGCGUGAAAGGACAAACAACCACAACUCUGGUGCAGCCUGAUGUGGAGGAUGUCGACUACGGCUCAACCAAACAGCACAGAGGGACGCUGCUCUACUCCCUGGAGCAUAACGCAACUAAGUCUGAGCUUUCUGUAGGGAUCAAACAAGCAAACAGCCUGAAGGCCGUGGACUUGGGAAGAAGCGCUGACCCGUAUGCCAAAGUCUACCUUAUCCCUGACAAGUCCAAAACGUUUGAGACAAAAGUGUUCAAAAACACGCUCAACCCCACCUUCAACGAAGUCUUCACCUUCCAGCUCUCAAAGUCUAAGCUCCUCAAGUCCACCGUGGUGAUAAAGGUGUUCGACUUUAGCCGAUUCACCACCCACAAAAUCAUCGGCGAGCUGCGGGUGCAGCUCUGCGACAUCAACUGGAACCACGCCAGGGAGGAGUGGGGGGAUCUGGAAGAGCCAGUAAAGUUUGAGGAGGUAGACUUUGGGGAGAUCUGCUUCUCGCUGCGUUAUGUGCCCACAACCAGCAAACUUACCGUAGUGAUCCUGGAGGCCAAAAACCUGAAGAGCAUGGACUUUGGAGGAAGCUCGGAUCCAUAUGUGAAGGUGCAGCUGGCGUUGGACAAGAGGAAGUGGAAGAAAAGAAAGACUUCUGUGAAAAAGAAAACACUGAACCCUUAUUUCAAUGAGUCUUUCACUUUUGAUGUGAUGUUUGAUCAAAUAAAGAGGGUGAAUCUGGUCAUUUCAGUGUGGGAUUAUGAUGCCAUGACCAGGAAUGACGCCAUUGGUAAAGUGUUUCUGGGCUGUGACGCCCCGGGAAAUCAACUGAAGCACUGGGGGGACAUGUUGUCCAACCCACGGCGACCGGUGGUUCAGUGGCACAGCCUGCUGUCGGCGGAGCAGGUCAAUUCCACACUGGGCCUGAAGAAGAAAAUCCCCCUCCCAAACGCUCAGCUCUUUGAUAACCACUUCAAUUAGAUUCUGUUCUCUCUAAAGAAAUAUUCAGAUUAGGACAAGAGUUUCAAUGACGAGUCAUCAUUGUUUUAAACUGAAUUACUCAACCAGACAUUAAAACUGAUAAUUAUUGAUAUAUAUUACAUUAUUAUGUGUCAUUUAAGAUUUUUUGUGAGUAAAAAGUGAAACAAAAAUCUUACUAAAAACAGAGUAAUGUCAAAUAAAAUAUCUCAGUAAGAAGUCAUCAGACUGCUGUCCAGUCUUAUUGUGCUGAGGAUAUCUCAAAGAAUGUAUGGAAGACACAAAUGAUAUUAAGAAAUAAGGUUAAUUUAUUGUGAAACGUUCUGCAAAAACAUUGAUAAUCAUGUCUCCAAGUUUGGGUUAUGAUUAUUAUUAAAAUAUUUUCCCUGUACAGGGUGGUGU